GCGGGGCCCCGGCGGUGGCGCGAAAUCGCGAAUAUGGCGCCGGAGCGGCUGCGGAGCCGCGCGGUCUCAGCUUUUAAGCUGCGCGGCUUGCUGCUGAGAGGGGAAGCCACUAAGUAUCUCACUGAAGCCCUUCAGUCUGUCACCGAGUUAGAGCUGGAAGAGACCCUAGAAAAGAUCAUCGAUGCAGUUGAAAAGCAGCCCUUGUCUUCAGACAUGAUCGAGCGGUCCGUGGUGGAAGCGGCCGUCCAGGAGUGCCGGCAGUCGGUCGAUGAGACUAUAGAGCAUAUUUUCAAUAUUAUUGGAGCUUUUGAUAUUCCGCAUUUUGUGUACAGUUCAGAAAGAAAAAAAUUUCUCCCUCUAUCAAUGACUAAUCGUGCUGCACCAACCUUAUUUGGAACAGCAAGAGAUAAAGCCGAGCUGUAUCGUGAACGAUAUACUAUCUUACACCAGAGGACGCACAGACAUGAAUUAUUUACUCCUCCGGUGAUAGGCUCACACUCCGAGGAAAGCGGGAGCAAAUUCCAGCUUAAAACAAUAGAAACUUUACUGGGCAGUACAAGCAAAGUCGGAGACGUGAUUGUCCUUGGAAUGAUAACCCAGCUGAAAGAGGGGAAGUUUUUCCUGGAAGAUCCUACUGGGACAGUACAGCUGGAUCUUAGUAAAGCGCAGUUCCACAGCGGCUUAUACACUGAGGCGUGCUUUGUCCUGGCUGAAGGUUGGUUUGAAGAUCAAGUGUUUCAUGUCAAUGCCUUUGGAUUUCCACCCACUGAGCCCUCUAGUACCACAAGGGCGUACUAUGGAAAUAUUAAUUUUUUUGGAGGGCCCUCUAAUGCGUCAGUGAAGACGUCUGCCAAGCUGAGACAGCUGGAGGAGGAGAACAAGGACGCCAUGUUUGUGUUUGUGUCUGACGUUUGGUUGGACCAAGUGCAAGUGUUGGAGAAGCUUCACGUCAUGUUCUCCGGUUAUUCACCGGCACCUCCAACCUGCUUCAUUCUGUGCGGCAACUUUUCAUCUGCACCAUAUGGAAAAAAUCAAGUUCAGGCUUUGAAAGACUCCCUAAAGUCUUUGGCAGACAUAAUAUGUGAAUACCCAAGUAUCCACCAAAGUAGCCGUUUCGUGUUUGUUCCCGGUCCUGAGGACCCUGGAUUUGGUUCCAUCUUGCCAAGGCCUCCGCUUGCCGAGAGUAUCACGAAGGAGUUCAGAGAAAGGGUGCCGUUUUCAGUGUUCACCACUAACCCGUGCAGAAUUCAGUAUUGUACACAAGAAAUUAUUAUCUUCCGUGAAGACUUAGUAAAUAAAAUGUGUAGAAACUGUGUCCGUUUUCCUAGUAGCAAUUUGGAUAUUCCUACUCAUUUUGUCAAGACGGUCUUAUCGCAGGGACAUCUGACUCCGCUCCCCAUCUAUGUCUGCCCCGUCUACUGGGCAUAUGAUUACACUCUGAGAGUGUACCCUGUGCCCGACCUGCUGGUCAUCGCAGACAAGUAUGACCCGUUCACUGUGACCAACACGGAGUGCCUCUGCAUGAACCCUGUAAGGAUGUCGUGGAUGGUCAAGAGGCUCUUUUCCAAGAAGUGGAUUUUCAUUCAAAGUUUUUUACCCAUCCAGUAAGACCGUGGAAGACAGCAAACUUCAGGGCUUUUGAGACUCAUGAGAAUAAAGGAAAUGAAUUUUCUUAUUUUUAUCUUGUGUAAUUUGUAUAUUAAAUUGUAAUAAAGUUAUGGCAAACCUUAGAAAGUUCAGCACAAGUUGUAUUUAAUAAAAUUUGAUGUUAUAUUACA